GAGUAACUUCCUAGAAAGCUGUAAACUAUGGUACAUUUCAAAAUGUUGUUCAAGAAGUGCCACUUGGCCCACUUCCUAGUUUGUGUUAGCAUAGCUGUUGUGGCAGUUGAGUUUGCUGGAGGAGCAUGUACUAAAGGAGCCAUCAGAUAUGAUCCAGCAUACAACAAUACAGUUGUACAGAUAUGCUUUAAUAAUAGAUGGGGAUAUAUCUGUGCAAACAGUGAUGGAGGAACCAGGCAAAGAGUAGCUAAUGUAAUCUGCCAACAGAUGGGAUAUUCUAGACACUCUCAGUCUGAUACUGGUAUCACUCGGAGAAGAUUAAAUCCUGCUCCUACACCUAGUUUUAUUAAAUGGUUUUAUUGCUCAGUUAAACCAAUUUCCCAGCAAAACAUUUUAGAUUGUUCGCGUAGUGUUAAUAGCUAUCAGCCCAACCUGAAAUGCCCUAACUACUAUAUUGCUGCUAGUAAUUGUACCAAUACCUCAGUCUGUCAAAAUGGACAGAUACAAUUACUUGAUACUAAUGCUGUAUUGCUGUGUGUAAAUGGAGAGUGGCAUGCAUUAUGUAGUACAACAUGGUCCUCUACUCAGGCACAAGUUGUAUGUAGACAACUAGGAAAGAAUGCACAAGGAGCUAUGCCAGAUAAUAUUUCAGUACCUACCAAUAUUUCAGUAUUACAAGCUGGCUUUGAAUGUAAUGGAAAUGAAAAGUUUCUUUAUGACUGUUUAGAUUAUCGCUUAUACUCCUGUAGUAGUGGCACUGUCGCUGGUGUUAUAUGUGAAAACUUGCCUGGUCCUCCUUCUAAUCUUACU